AAUUUAAUAAUUAAAUUCAAGAUAAAACUUAAAUUCUUACCUACUAGAAACAAAUGCUAUUCUGUUAUGCUCCAGUGAAGAAGAAGAGGAUCUGUUUUGCUGUUGUUGCUCAGUUUAGUGGAUGAAGGGGAGGAAGGUGCUGCUACUUUGUUUGAUGGAUGAAGGAGAGGCUGUUUCUGACUUUUUGCCCACUGGGAAGGAGAGGAAGGAAGCUACUGUUGUUCAAUGGAGGAAGGCAACGAAGAUGAGCCGUGAAAGGCUAGAAGAGAUUGCCAACGAUGGUGGUGGAGAGCAGAUGCAGAUUUGUUCUGCUGCUGCUGCUGCUGCUCAGUUCGGUACUUCGGUGCUGCUGCUUUGUUUGGCGAAGGAGAAGCUGUUGUCUGGUGGAGGAAGGCAAAGGAGAUGAGCCGCAAUGGUGGUUGAGACUCUUGAGAGCAGAGAGGCCGGGGGAGGAAGGAGGAUAUGUUCUAUUUGAAGUCUAGAACUUUCUUUGUGUUUCUAUUUUCUACAAUUUUUUUGGACUACCGAUGUAGAGUAUGGUUUUCUUCCUUUUUUUUCGGUUUUGAUGUUUUUUUAUUUGACCUUAAUUCUAGUUUAAGAAGUUUUUAUAUAAUAAUAUUAAAAAGGUGGGAUAAAA